CACGCACUUUGGCUAACAAAGCCUCCAAUAAAAAAGACAUACAUUUGCCAACAACAUUUUUGUUGGUUUGAUUAAAAAAAAAACCAACAUUUUCAUUGGGAAAGUCUCCCAUAAAAAUAAAUAAAAAUGAUACACUUUUUAUGGACGAAUAUUUAUUUGCUAAAAUCCUCUCACCAAAAUAACAAUAAAAAGAGAUAUACCUUCAACCACGAAUAACUUGUCGGUAAAAGCCUCUCAUAAAAAGGGAUGCACCUUCUCUAAUGAUUAGUUAGUUGCCCAAAGAGGAUCUAUAUCGUACAAUCCUUGGAACUUCUCAACCAUCCAAGUUCAUCUGGCAUAUAGUGUCUUAUAUAUGUUGCUUUUUACUUUCAUUGGAGCAUCUUGGAUCUUUAGUAAUGAAUGCUUUCUUGAUUGUGGUUCUAGUGAUCAUCAUCAUUGUCAUCAAUCUAUUCACGACAAUACAUCAAGAGGAGGAAUAUGGAAGAUGAAAGCAGCUAUCAAGUUCCAUAUGACAUAGAAAACCCACACUCUCCACUACUGACUUCGAUGAGAAGUAUGCUGUAUAACUUGUCUCCUUUAUCCUCUUCUUGCUGUAUCUGCAGAGUUCCUAAGCGCCUACGUCGUGUUAGUGAAAUGGCCUACACACCUCAAGUAGUCUCUAUAGGCCCCCUUCACCAUGGCAAGGAAGGGUUAAAGCCCAUGGAGGAGCACAAAAAUAGGUACCUCCAAGAUUUUCUAGUCCGAACCAAUCUAAGCUUGGAGCAUUACAUUAACAAAAUAAGGGGCAGAGAAGCAGAAUUGCGUGGUUGUUACGCAGAAACCAUUCAAUUCGACAGUGAUGAAUUUGUAAGAAUUGUCCUAGUGGAUGCCGCUUUCAUCAUUGAGGUCUUAUUGAGGUACCAUUUCCAUGAGUUGCAGGAUGAGAAUGAUCGCAUCUUCAAGAAACCAAGGAUGUUUGAGGAUGUAUGGCCUGAUAUGCGGAUGCUUGAAAAUCAGCUUCCAUUCUUUAUCCUCCAGGAUCUUUUCGACCCCGAAAGGAUUCAAAUACCUUCUGUGGAGAAUAUUCUCUCAAUAAUCAAUCUUUCUUACACUUUCUUCAGAGCUCUAAUGAAUAUAGAGGAACUGGAAGACACUUUGGAGACAAUAAUUUCUUCUACUAUAGAACAUUUUGUUGAUUUUGUCAGAAAAUUGUAUCCACCACCACCACUAAAGGUAGCAAGAGCUAGAGGCCAACCCAAAUCUCCAACUGGAGCCAGCAUGAGACAACUAUCAACAUUUGAAGUACCACAAGGUCGAGGGCAACCUGAAAUUCCAACCACACCAAGCAUGACAGAGCUAUACAGGGCAGGAGUCAAGUUUAAAGUGGGAUCAGGUAAAAAUAUGUUUGACAUUCGAUUCAAAGAUGGGACCUUGCAAAUUCCAAAAAUAACAAUAAGUGAUCAAUCAGAGGUGAAUCUCACAAAUCUCCUUGUGUUUGAACAAAGCCAGUGCAAGGAGACUGAGAAUUACAUAAAUGAUUAUGUUGGCAUCUUAAACAUUCUUGUCAACACCCCUGAGGAUGUGUCAUUGCUUGUUAAGAAUGCAAUCUUCGUGAACAAGUUAGGUGACAGCAAGAAAGGCUGUACUAUGAUUAAGAAUAUGGGUGACUGGGUCAAUAUUGCGGACUACAGCAAGUUCCAUUUUGCUCCUCUUUGUGAAAAGCUGAACGAGCACUGCACAAAGUCGAGGCACAAAUGGCUGGCACUGUUGAGGCAAAAUUAUUUCAACACACCUUGCAAAACUAUUUCUGUCAUCGCAGCUGCUUGUAUAAUCCUAUUCACUCUCAUACAGACGGUGUCCUCUAUUAUCUCUGUUCGUUCUCGUUCUCACUGAUGAGGUCUCAUUUGAACAGCUUAAAAGGGAAAGGAUUUGUUGUGAAGUUGGUACAUACUAGUAAAUAUAAGGGUACUUAGGUUCUGUAUAAGAUGCUAGGAUAUUACUAAGAAUAGCUGACUUUUCUAAUUAUUUAUUGUAAACGUUACUACUUGUGUCUGUGUGUAUAUAUCAAAUUGUAACAAUAACACCUCAUAUUCUGAGAUGAA